AUGGCAUCCACGCAUCCGUACCAGGUGCUACCUAUCGACGAGAGAGUCAAACGAGUUUUGGCUACAACCCCUCUUAUAGAUGGUCACAAUGAUUUACCUCAACAACCCAGAGCUUGUUUCCAUGGUCAAAUACACAAUAAUGAGAAAUUCGAUCUAGAAAAAGGCUUCGAACGUGGAAUGACAGAUAUUCCUCGUCUUAAACAAGGCGCCGUGGGCGGACAGUUCUGGUCUGUCUGUGUCCCUUGUCUCAGAUCAGCAGAGAACUUCACCACUCCAGAGUACUCAGACAUGGCUCGAGAUGCAAUUGAACAGAUCGAUCUAACCCUCCGACUGGUUGAGUCUUAUCCAGAGACAUUUCAACUGGUUAGUGGUCCUUCAGAAGUCAGGGAUAUUUACGCCGGUGGCAAGAUUGCUUGUUCGAUUGGCAUUGAGGGGCUUCAUAUGGCUGGAAAUAGUAUUGGGAUCAUCCGAGCUUUCUACAGGCUCGGGGUGAGAUAUUGUACUCUCACCCAUGUCUGCAACAAUGCUUUCGCAGACAGUUCCACUUCAAAGAUAGGACCUGUUCAUGGUGGCCUAUCUGACCUAGGAAGGGCUGCUGUCAAGGAGAUGAACAGACUCGGCAUGAUUGUCGAUCUUUCUCAUGUCUCAGAAGACUGCGCGAGCCAAGUUCUCGACCUCUCCCGAGCCCCGGUCAUGUUCUCCCACUCCAACGCAAAAGGAGUAUUCGACUGCCCCCGAAAUGUUCCCGAUUACAUCCUCGACAAGGUUCCCGUCAACGGUGGCAUAGUUAUGGUUACUUUCGUCCCAGAGCAUGUCACUACCCGGCGUAGAGAUGCCAAGAUGGAGAUGGUAAUCGAUCAUCUAUUCUACAUCGCCAAUCGCAUUGGGUGGGAUCACGUCGGUCUUGGCUCAGACUUUGAUGGAAUUGCUAGCGUAAUCCCAGGGCUUGAAAAUGUGAAAUGUUAUCCCCAUCUUCUGAAGGCUAUUCUUGAUCGUGGAGCCACUGAAGAGCAACUGGCCAUGGUUGUUGGCGAGAAUACUCUUAGAGUUUGGGCAGGUGUUGAGAAAGUUAGCGAUGAGAUGAAGGCUGAGGGGGUACUUCCGGUGGAGGAUGUGUUUAAGGAUAGGAAAUGGUGGAGAUAUGAUGGGUAUUAUCAAAUGGAAGAUCCUGAUCCUGAGGAUAAGCUUGGACUUGACUGGUAUGGGAAACCUCCACCAGAUGAGGGUCUGUACCUUAACGAAUAG